AUGAUUCCAAUUCCUCAAUAUCCAUUGUAUUCGGCCACUAUUGAUUUGUGUGGUGGUUCUCAAGUUCCAUACUAUUUGGAGGAAGAGAGUGGAUGGGGAUUGACCAUGCCAGAAUUGGAGAGAGCCUAUGAAGAAGCAACCAAGAAGGGACAAAAUGUGAGAGCUUUGGUGAUUAUUAAUCCUGGUAAUCCAACUGGACAAGUCUUGGAGAGAUCUCACAUGGAACAGGUCAUUCAAUUUUGUCUCAAGAAGGGAGUAGUCUUGUUGGCUGACGAGGUCUAUCAAGAAAACAAUUAUACCAAUGGAAAGAAACCAUUCUAUAGCUUUAACAAGAUUGCCUAUGAGAUGGGAGUUGAAAACAAUUGGAAAUGA